AUGACCAAGGACCGUUCCGGACAGUCACGGCAGAGCGACGGACUAACAUGGACCAAUACGGCAGAGACAUGGACAGCCCCGGAUAAACACGGCGUCUACACGGACCACCCCGGACCGUCAAUAACCUGUAUGAAACAAAAACGUCAAAAUGCCAGCCAAAAAGAAACCAUAGUGGGCCUUCCAGUUCCCAAAAGGUCGUCACGAGCAGCAUCCGCUACCGAAGAAGCAACAGAACAACAGCAACAACAAGAAACAAGAUCGCGAUCAAGAUCCAGAUCAAGAUCGCCAUCACCUUCACAAGUACAAGCAUCAGCACCACCCACAGCUAUUGCCGCUAAGAAAAAGAAGAAGUCCCUGAUCCUGUCAGACGAACAGGAGGUGGAGUUGGCCGAUUGGCUCAAGGAGAACCCUAUGCUGUACACGAAGAGCAUGAAGGAAUACAAAAACACGGCAAAGAAGAUAGACCUCUGGAAUUCAAAGGCAGCAGAGCUUGAUCUGGAGUCCGGGCCUAUGCUGAAGACCUGGUACGAGAGCGUCAGGACGAAGGUCGGGAAGAUGUCCGACAAGAAGAGCGGCUCGGCAACAAAAGACACGAGUGACUGGGACACCUUCCUUAUGCAGAACUUUGGGUUCCUGGCAUCUCACAUAGUGAGAGUGAAGGGCAGACCAGCAUGCAGUGUGAGUAUAUUGAAUGUAUACAUUUAUAAUUUUUACCAAAUACUUACAGCGUGUUUUACCUUUUUGUCUUUGCAGUUGAAGCCUCGCCUGGACACGGCACUCCCCACAGUUUCCUCAGACUCAGAGCAGGAGAUGGAGCAUGACACCCAGGAGGAACCAGAGGAGACCGGUGACCAGUCUCCAGCACCAGAACCACCCACGUCCAAGGGGAAGUCCUGCACUGUGAGGGGAAGAAGCAUUCCCACCAAAUCAUCAUCAUCACAGAAAAAGACCAGCACGGCUGUCCCAGCCCUGGAUGACACCGCUGAGGUUGUGAACCUCAGCAGCUCGCUUCAGUCUCAGCAGGAACGCUCCAACGCUAUCCAGGGACAGAUAACAGGGCUUGUGUCGUGUGAACAGAGGUCGGCCACAGCUGCAUGGGGGACAUGGUUCGGGGCAAUGGCUGCAAACUUGGACCCGACACUUCUUCUGAGGUUCUAUCGUGCCAGCUUCGACAUGAUGUUGAGCUUUGCAGAGGAGUCCCGACAACUACAAAUACCUCAUACCGGACAGCAAUUCAUUCCCAUGAGCAGCAGCACCAUGAUCAGACUACGUUAACAACAUUGUUGACUCCCGUUCAGCAGCAACAACAGCAGCAGCAACAGACUUUCUUCGGUGGUGUCCGCACCACUCCUACGUGGGACACCAUGGGACCAACAGCAGGACAGAACGUCGCGUCCACGUCGACGUCGCAACCACCUCGCCCAGCCAGUACUCCAACCAGCUUGAACUCCAGCUUUCAACUGCCAAGUAUUCCGGAUUUCUCCAAUUUAAACACAACGCCGUCUCCUGCGGGUCGACAACCAGAUGGCACCUUCAACUGAACAUUUGUGAAUAUGAACUUUGAAAUGUGAUUUUUUUAUUUUUUUUGAACUGUGAACUUUAACUGCAUUAUGGACUAUUGAAAUUACUUGCGAUUAUGUUCAUUUGAUUUACCUGUUAUAUGUAAUGUGUAAUAAAAAAGUUUGUUUU